AUGGGGACCGAACACAAGAUUCUUCAUACUUGUGCUUCAGUUAGGAGGAAACGAAAUGCUCUGAAUGCUUUAAUUGUUGAUGGGAAUACUACUCACGAUCCAAUUGUUAUUAAAGCCAAGGUCAAAGAUCAUUUUUUCAAAAUUUAUAAUGAUCGGUCUACUUUAGAAGUUGAAGAUAUUGGUUUGGUCUUCCCCAGAAUUUCUUUUGAACAGAAUAUGCUUUUAGAGAAGGAGUUUUCCGAGGAGGAGACUCAAAUUAUGAAUGUGAAGAGGGUGCUUAGAGUAUUCGAGGUUUAUGUCAGGCUGCAACUAAACCUGAAGAAAAGCAGACUCUUCGGGAUUAAUAUAUCCCAACAGGAGGUUAAAACUUGGGCAGAUUCUAUCGGUUGUUUGGUGGGAAACUUUCCAUCUAAUUAUCUAGGCCUCCCUCUAGGUGCAACUAGGAAUUCCUCUGUUAUCUGGGAACCAGUGGUACAGAAUUUUCACUCUAAAUUAGCAGGUUGGAAGGCUGCUACUCUUUCUUUAGCAGGGAGACUGAUUCCAGCUUCUAUCCUCAAGACUCUCAAUUCUAUUAUGUCUAAUUUCUUAUGGGGAGGGGGCAAUGGUAUUAAGAAGAUACUGGGUUAA